AUGAAGACCAUCGGAAUCUGCAUCCCAACCAUUGAAGGCGGGGUCAUUGCCCACCAAGAAAUCGGACGAGAAGCAGCGCGGCGGGGCAUUGCUUACCCUCAGAUCGUCACCCAUACCCCUCUCUACGGAGAUCUGCAACAAGCGCUCAAGUCCGGUGACAACCAGUCCCUGGCUUCAUUGCUAGCUGACUCGAUCAACCGUACUGCCAAAGCUGGCGCCGAGUUUGCCAUCAUCAGUGCCAACACUCCACACGUCGUUUUCGAUGACAUUGUGGCCCAGUCAGAUAUCCCUGUUCUUAACAUCCUCGAUGUCACUGCAAAUCACUGCAAAAAACAAGGAUACAACAGCGUUGGUGUUCUAGGCACAACCUGGACUGUCAAAAACGGUCUCUACAAUGGUCCGCUACAAACGAGGGACAUGGCUGCGGUCUAUGUGUCUGAUACUGACCAGGCAAUCGUCAUGGAUGCAAUUCUAAACGAGCUGGCUAGUGGAAUCUUCCUGGAAACUACGAUAAGCGAGUUGGUUCGCAUUUCUAAGGAGCUUGCUACACGUUGUGAUGCUAUCAUCCUUGGUUGUACCGAGCUGCCUCUUAUUCUUACAGAAGAGAACUGCGGUGCCGAGGUUGUCGACACAACACGACUUCUAUCCCAUGCGGCUCUUGAUUUUGCGACCAAAGAUUGA